UAUACCCUGAUCGUUCCUCACACUUUUACAGCUGCCUAUAACAUCUCUAUCCUGGCACUUACGCCUCCUACAGAGGCUCUGCCCUUCAGAACGUCACAUCUUCCAGUGGGAACCAAAGAGACAAAACAUUUUGUGGCACCCCUAUUAAAGACUAGGGAAUCCUGCCACCCCCUGGCACCCCCUGCCUGGGAAUACUUUGACCUGGAAAAAGGAAACAUUCCACCUCCCAACUGUAAAUCAGGACCAGCCCUGGCUAAAAGGUUAGUGAAUUCAGUCAGUGCAGCACAGCUCUAAUUUUAUAUUUGAAUUCAGCACUCAAACUGCAGAACCUAAACAGCAGCUGAGUUGCUGGGACAAAAAUAUUGCUUUUAUGGGAGAGGCCACAAUGGCUGUGUGUGUGAAACUGCUCCUUCCCCGUGGUUUCUGUGUAUCAAACAAAGCACCUGCUAAUGAUUGGCUGCAGCGGUCACGUGACGCAGAGCAUUGAGCAGAAACGAAACCCGGUACUAUAACACUGUUUAUUACAGGCAGAUGGGAGAAUGCAGCACAGAAGUCAGUUGCACUUUCAAGAGACAGAGCUCUAUUCUCACUCGUGUCCAGCGCUGGGCAUAUGCCCCUGUAACUGACUCUCUGAAAGGAGGCCACAGUUUCUUUUCUACCCAUGGACGAGGUUCUGAAGACAGAGAUCAUUGUUGUACUGCUGGGAAAACGAAGAGGUGUUCUUCUAGGAGACUUUGCCGGACUAUUUUACCAGACUCAUGGAUAUGAGUUUCAGCUUGCAAACUAUGGCUACAAAUCCUUGAAGCAACUUCUUAAUGAUAUGAAAGACUUGGUCACCCUUAUAGAGACACCCUCUGGCUGGUUGGUAAGAUGUCGGUCACCCAGUCAGUAUAGGAAUGUCUUGGUUCUCAUGGAAAGCAAUGCACCCCAGAGAGAUACUCAGGAUACUCAUUCUUUUUUAUCUUCUGGAACAACAGCAGAUGGCCAAUCAGUGAGCAGGAAUGACACUGCAAGUCCAAGUACCUCACCAGCAGCUACAAACAAGAGUUCCUCAUCAACCAAAGAGCAGAACCUUACCCAAAAUAACCAUGGUAAAGCGACUCCAGGCCCUGAAAUCCUCAGCAGAGAUAACAAUGCUGGAAAGAUGGACAUUCCGAAAGCAGAAGGCAAGCCUUUGGGUCCAGGGAUGCAUAACACAUUAUGCAGAGAAGACACUAAAUUAAAAAAUUGUUCAGAAACUCAGGCAAGUCCAGCAUCAGCCACUGCCAGUUCUAAUCCACAGAAUGGAAAGAAUAAAUGUCCACAACAGUUGCCAUCUAACCAUGGGGCAAAAAAUAUGGAUGAUUUUUCAGCGUCCCCCACAAACAAUAAGCAACAGCAAAACCGCCUCCCUCUGGUACCAAAUGUUCACCCAAACCUUCAAACCAUCAGCAAUUCAAGUAGACAAGCAAAACCAUCUCCCCCAAAGCCAAUGAAAAGUACUCCUUCGCCUAUGACUAACAGCAGAAAUGCUAAGCAAACCCCCAAGGCACCAAGCAAGCCUCCGUCCUACAGCGGUCAAAGACAAGACAAAAAAACACCCAAGGGGGUUUCGAAUUCCAUUUCCAUUAUCACAGAAAAACCAAAGCCGCAAAACCAAAUGAUAGCAAGAGUUGCUCCCUCAAGACUAUAUACCAAUUCAAUGAGUUAUGCUGCUUGUUUAAGGAAUGUCCCAGGAACUAACCAAGCAUUUCAAACUACUCCGAGGGUCGUACAAAGCCCCAUAUUUAACUUGAACUGCCACUCACAGGGGUUUCAGCCUGCUCAGGUGGCACAAUCCAGAUCCAGAACACAGUCUCGGAGUGUAGUGCCAGUCGAAACAGUGAAAGAGAACCUUAGCAACAUCUUAAGACGGCACACUGCUGGAAUACCAAUCUCUAAAUUGCAGAGGGUUUACCUUCUCAGAUUCGGAAAACCCCUUUCUUCUUGUGGUUAUUCCUCGCUCAGGCACCUUUUAGUAGGAUUGACGGAUGUGGCUCAGAUACAAGGUGUGGGUGUCCAAACACUGGUCUUUCCAUUGUCCUCUAACAUCAUUUCAUCAGUGGUGAAUAAGCAACAUGAUUCCUACCUCUUAACUCACCAUGAUAAAAUGCUACCUGCUUCAACCACAAGUCCCAUGAGCUUACGUAGCCAAGAGGGAUCUAUUGCUGAGGAACCACAGAAUGUAACUGCUGAACAGACGGGCGCUCUUGUGGCCACAGCAACGGAUCCCUGGGCAUUGUUGACUUCAAGCAUCUCACACUUACUCGUAGACAAGAAGAGUGAACAGAAGCUUCCCGAAGUAGAGAGCAAUUGUAAUAUUACAGAAAAAGAUAUGAUCACUCAAGGCCAACAAAUUGUAACACAGCUUAGUGAUAAACACUUUUCAGAGGGAUCAGAGCAGACUGAGCUUCUCAAUAACAGUUUUCUACAUAAUCCUGCCUCAGAAAACAGGAAUUCUAAAGAAGUAUCUUUAGUAGAGUCCUCCAAUUAUGGAAUUAUCCAGCACAUAAAUACACAAUGCCCUGCAGCCUCUAACGACAGUUACUUGUGCAAAGCUGAACCUGCACCCCCAUUGUCUUUAUCAAUGGAGCAAUUAAAUGAUGGGCCGCCAUUUUCUCACUCACACCAGAAUGACCCAAAGACCCUAAAAGGGCUUCCACAUUUUCAAACUCCAGAACUGUGUGAAUUGCCAGUAUGUGAAAAUGUGUCAGACAUGUCAAUAACUAAUUUACCAUUUUCUGAAGAUCAACAACACAGACUAAUUCUACAUUCUUCGGGAUUCUCUGUGGUCAAACAUGAAACUCAUCAUGUACUGACCAAAGAUAACAAUAAACAAGAAAACACUACAAGAGUUACAGUAGAUAAAAGCCAGGAAAUGAGUCAUUCCAUUGUCAAAAAGAAGAAUAGAAGAAGACGAGCUCGGCCAAUGGCACAACUAAAAGCCAAUGAAGUACCAACUGAUGCUCCUGAAUCAUCACAACCUCCUUAUAAUGGAUAUAAUGCUUGUGACAAGCCUGAAAAAGCUAUAUCACCGUCUAACAAACACCAAAGUAUGUCUCAAUCUGUCAGCAACAAUAAAGCAAGUUCUACACCUUCAGAAGCACAGGGUCAAUUUAUGAAAUCCUGUACCAGUAACAUUACGGAGGAAACCCCAUCAUCAUCUGGUUUAGCUUUCCAGAAACUGCUCAUGGAAAGCAGAUGUUCGGAUAGUAAAAUACCCCAGCAAAAUCAGCUGAACUCAGUACAUGAUAGAGAAAAUGAUACUGAUAGAAAGGAACUUAAAACCUCCGUGCUAGACAUUCUUCCAAGUUCUCAGUCACAACAGAAAACUCCUAAUGCUCAUGAAAGCAUGAUGUCCGGGCAAAGAGAUCUACUAACAUCAAACCUUCAGGAUCAGGUGUCUGAAAAUGAUCAUGACUUCCACAUAGACUAUUUCCAUCGGCAAACAGAACUUAAAUAUUUGUCACCUCAAAAAGAGACAGCUUUGCUUGAGAUCUCUUUGCAAGCCCAGACUACAGUUUACCCUUUACCAUCACCAAAAUUACCAGGUUACAAUGCUACCACUACGGAAAGGCAAAUAAAGUCUUCCCCAGAAAUGAACUGUAAUGUAGACCAUUCAAAUACCAACAAUAGAGAGAAGCAACAAAAAGAGACAGCUUUGCUUGAGAUCUCUUUGCAAACCCAGACUACAGUUUACCCUUUACCAUCACCAAAAUUACCAGGUUACAAUGCUACCACUACGGAAAGGCAAACAAAGUCUUCUCCAGAAAUGAACUGUAAUGUAGACCAUUCAAAUACCAACAAUAGAGAGAAGCAACAUUUUAGUUUCCCUAAAAUAGAUCAGAAAGAGGACAAUGUGCUUGCAAAUAAAGAAACAGGUGGAAAGCAAUCACUAUUAUCUCAAAUACACCAAACCCACUGUACUCAGUCUUUGAACAAGCAAGUGUAUGAUCCACUAAAUAUAAAAGCAAAUGGAGGUAAUAUUCUUCCAUCUUUACCUGCAAAUAUAGUUAAGAAUCAUUGGUCGUCAGAACCACCAAAUUCAAAAAUACCCCAAACAUGCCAUGACACAGUUAACCAUAAAGCCAUUAGGAAAGAAGACUUUCCUACUUCACAGACAGAUGUGGUAGAAAAGAAUCUUAAUAUAAGUGAUACAAUGGGACAAAGUGUGUAUUUAUGUUCAGAACCAAACCAGCAAGUCAACGAACUCCAUGAAAACACCAUUCAAAGAGCUACUGAGUCUCACACUGUACAUAAAAGCCAGGAAGUUAGUAAUUCCAUUGUCAAAAAGAAACCUAGAAAAAAAAAAUCUUGGCUAAAGGCACUCAAAAAUGUAAAUGAAGUACCAGCCGAUGCUCCUGAAUCAUCAGGUUGUCCACCUCUGUAUAAUGGGUUUAACGCCUGUAAAAUAAACAAGCCUGAAACCGCUAUAUCUGUCGAACACCAACCUGUCAGCAACAAUAAAGCAAUAUCUACAUCUUCUGAAGCGCAGGAUCAAUUUAUGAAAUCCUGUACCAAUAACCUUACAGAGGAAACUCCAUUAUCUGGUUCUGCUUUGCAAAUGUAUAUGGAAACCAGAAAAAUAAUCCAGCAAACUCCAUUUAUUAAGCUUCUGGACUUUGGUGGGGGUAGCAAGCAAGCUCAUGAUAAAGCAAAUGGAGAUAAAGAUCCUUCAUGUUUACCUGCCAGUAUCAAUGAUUCCAAUAGAGAUAAGAACCAAUGGUCAUCAGAGUCCACGAAAUCAAAAACACACAAAACCUACUAUAAUAUGUAUGUCAACAGAAGCCCUGGGGAAACAGCAUCUCCUAUUUUACAGACAAAUCAGGGAAAGAAAAAUCUUAGCGCCACUGAUAGAAUAGGACAAACUGUAUAUUCAUGUUCAGAACCAAACCAGCAAGGCAGCAGACUCCAUGGAGGCACAGUUCAAAAAGUCAACCAGUCUAACAUUGUACAUAAAAGCCAGGAAACAAAGAGUUUUGUUGUCAAGGAGAAGUCUCCAUCAUGGCAAAAACCAGAUGGAAUCCUAACCGAUGCUCCUAAGUCAUCACGUUGUCCAGCUUCUCCUCACAAUGGCCUUGUUUCCAAACCUGAAUCCACUGAAUCAUAUUCUAAAGUUCCUCAAGGUGCAUCUCAGGAUUUGUGCAACCAUAAAGGAAUCAAUGGCACCUCAACAUUGCCAAACCAUGUUCUUACUGAGCAGACUGAGCAGACUUCAUCUCAAAUGAAUCCAAUGCAAAAAGACAUAUCAACAUGGCAAAAUCCCAAAGGUCCCUCAGAGAAAUAUUGUUCUAUUCUUUGAUUUUAAGACCAGUUGUGGGGACCAAACUUGUAUGAAAAACAACCAACCAGCAUUUUUAUAUGUAUGACAAAAGAUGAAUGAAAUGGCAUUUGAUGGUCCAGAUUACCUCCACGUUCUAUUGGUUGGUUUAGACUAACAGGGUCAUGAUGCCAUGCUGCAGUAUUGAUUUGCAGGCAGUAGGUCCUUUUUCAAGAUUUGCAAAAAUUGUCCAGGCAGAAAAUAGAAAAUAAAACAUUCCAACAAUUCUUUUUGUCAAUAAAGGGGAAAAUUGAUAUACUGUU